UUACGAGAAAAUGAUUUGACGCUGCAAAAAGCUAUAGAAAUAUGUAGGCUAGCCGAGAUAUCCCGUGCUCAAGCCGGUCAUAUAAAGCAGGAGAAUGCGGAACAUCAUGUGCAUGAAAUCAACUCCAAACACAAAAUCGCGAUGGAACGCCAAGGUCGUCCGAGCUGUUGUAGACAAGAACAUGAGGAUACAGAUGAGGAUAAGGCGGUGCAUGCGCUCAGCGCCAGAGGGCGCGGGCGGCGCCGUGGAGCGCGGCGAGGCGGGCGCCCCGCGCCGGCGCCGGCGCACGCGGCUCCCGGGCACGACAACCAGCCAGCGCGCGGCAGGUGGCAGCGGUCGUCACAGGUCAACAGGACUGGCGGCCAUAGCUGUUCGAGAUGUGGCUCCACACAUAGAAGAUUCCAGUGUCCGGCAUUUGGUCAGCUGUGUGACAGGUGCCAUGGACGAAAUCACUACUCGAGAAUGUGUCGCGUGUAUGAAAUAAGAGGGGAAUCCACCGAUGAGGAUGGUGAGACCUCCUGAUCGGUGGACCUACCCCGUUCCCGAAUCUCGUCGAAAUUAGAUUAAGUACCUACUUACCAACUAACUUACCUUCCCAGAUUGUAAACAAUAAAAAUAUGAAUGGAUGUUAUAAAUAUAAUACAUAAAUCUCCUUAAUGAACGCACAUUAUAUACAAUGUUUAUAUAAUUGUCAUAAAUAAAUUAAAUAGUUUAAAAAUAAAAAACCUGUCUAUGUCAUGUAAUAGGUACGGUAAAUAAGUGAAUUAUGUAAUUAAUUGCAAAAUGCAUGUAUUCAUAUAAUGUAAUUAAAUAAUUAUGCUUGUGAUGUUAUGAAUGUAAGAUAAAAACAAAAAUGAGAUCAAUAUAUACUAGAUAUUAGAUACACUUGCAUGCGUAAGUUUAUUCUUAUCUAGACGAAAAUAGAAAAUUAAAUAAUUAUAUAAAUGGUAAAAUUGUUAAAUUAAUUGGGUAAGAAAUUUAUCAAAGAAAUAUUUUUUGUAAGGAAGGAAAAUGUGUGUAAUUUGCAUGGGUAAACUUACUAUAUUUUUGUUUUCUUUUUUCAAAGGGGAGUUGUCACAUAUUACUAUGUGGGUAGAUUUGUAUGUAGGGUAGGCGGUAACGGCAUGCAAGCGAAAAUAAUAAAUCAGUCUAUAAUCAGCUGAGGUGGUUUCAUUGUGUGUUCCCUAAU